AUGAUGCCUGAAAAAGUUGGUCAGUCGAAAGUCGGCGAAGAAAAGUUACCUUGGUACAAUAACUUAUAUAAAUCUAUAAGGGAUGCUCCAAUAAAUCUGACGCUCCUUUUUGUCUCGACAUUUGUUUUUUAUAAAGUUGUGACCACAACCCGUAAUCGGCGUAAUGAGCAUCGUGUACAGAUCUCAGGAGCUGGUCCUAAAGCCAAUAAAGAUUAUCUCCCCGCGCUUAGUCGCGACUUUACCGUAAAAGAGUUGCGAGAAUACAAUGGCACUAGAGAUGAUGGACGCAUUUUAUUGGCUGUUAACCAUAAAGUAUAUGAUGUAUCCACUGCCAUGCAUUUUUACGGUAAGGAUGGAGCUUAUCCGCAUUAUGCAGGUAGCGAUAUUUCACGUAAUUUAAUAAACAUUCAUAAGAAUGAUCGUGACGAAUUUGACGAUUUAAACGAUCUAACUGAAGCACAAAUGACUGCAUUGAUCUCAUGGGAUCAGCAGUACGCUGAAAAAUAUCCACUUGUUGGACACUUGGUGCCAGAAUACGAAGAGGAGCAACUAGAAUAUUCGAAUAUUGAAGAAGACGAAGAGAAGGAAAUGAUAUGCGUUGCAAAUGAUAUAAAUACUCAAGACCAAUUUAUGAUGUGAAUGUCAAUGCAACAAUUGAAAACGAAAAA